CAUGCUAUUCCCUAGGAAGAAACACAAACAUUAAUUUCUUCCAAGUGUUCUUCCUAUUUUUCUAGUGUCCUCUCUUUGGUUAUCUAUUGUUUCAUUGUGCCCUCCUUUUGAUUCUUUAAUAUAUUUUGUUUCCACCGUUUUCUCAAACACAAGCCUUUCGGAAUUCUCCAACGCCAUAAUAACCGAAAUGGCCACUGAAAAGCUUAGAUGUUGUGCAAACUUCCUUGAAAACUCUAAGCAUCACUUUGCCAUGAUCGCUUUGCAGUUUGGCUAUGCAGGCAUGAACAUUAUCAGUAAGGUUUCCCUCAACCGUGGCAUGAGCCACUAUGUUCUCGUUGUUUAUCGCCAUGCCUUUGCCACUGCUGUCGUCGCUCCAUUUGCCCUCAUCUUUGAAAGGAAAGCUCAGCCAAGGAUAACAUUCUCAAUUUUCAUGCAAAUUUUCAUCCUAGCUCUACUUGGGCCUGUGAUUGAUCAAAACUUCUACUAUGCUGGGUUGAAAUUAACGUCCCCAACUUUCUCAUGUGCAUUGAGUAAUGUGCUUCCUGCAAUGACUUUUGUGAUGGCAGUUUUAUGCAGGAUGGAGAAGAUCAACAUGAAGAAGGUGAGAUGCCAAGCAAAGGUGGUGGGAACAUUGGUGACUGUGGCUGGGGCCUUGUUGAUGACCUUGUACAAAGGCCCUGUAGUGGGGAUGUUUUGGAAUAAACAAGCACUUCAUCAUAGGCAAAUCAAUAGUAAUGCAACAAGUGCCACAUCUUCAGACAAGGAUUGGUUCAUAGGCUCCAUUUUCCUAAUCAUUGCCUCCCUUGCCUGGUCAUGCCUCUUUGUUUUACAAGCCAAAGCCAUUGAAACCUACAAAAAUCACCAGCUAAGCCUCACAUUUCUUAUCUGCUUCAUGGGCACUCUUCAAGCUAUUGCUGUUACUUUUGUUAUGGAACGCAAGCCAUCCGUGUGGACCAUUGGCUGGGAUAUGAAUUUACUUGCUGCUGCCUAUGCUGGGAUUGUUACAUCAAGCAUAUCAUACUAUGUCCAAGGAUUGGUAAUUAAGAAGAAAGGGCCUGUUUUCGCAACUGCAUUUAGCCCUCUCAUGAUGAUCAUUGUAGCCAUCAUGGGCUUCCUUAUCCUUGCAGAACAGAUUUUUCUUGGAGGUGUGCUUGGUGCCAUCUUGAUCAUUAUAGGCUUAUACUCUGUUCUAUGGGGAAAGCACAAAGAACUAGUGGAGAACAAAGUGACAGAGGAUAUACCCUUGUCUCUAAAGGGUGUUCAGGUUGAUGAAAAUCCAGGGUCACUCACUGAUCAGAAAUUCGAUUCCAACAAGUUCUCUUCACAUGUUAUUAACGUUCCUAUCCCUGAGGAUCCCACGAAAGUUAACAAUAUUAACCAAAGAAGUCAAGAAUAAGCACUUUGAAUCGUAAAUGAGGAUGUCUUUUUUUUUUUUUUCUUUUUUUUUUUUCUUCGGCAUGUCAUCUUUAUGUUGUCCCUUAUUGUUAGCAAAUUCUCCAUUUUCCCAUUAAUCAAAAAAGAGUGUAGUGUGUUGUUUUUAACAAGCUAUAUAUAAUUUUGUAAGCA